ACGGCGGCUGUCUCGCCUGCCACAAUGCGCGGCGAGCUUGCGGCCGCGACUUGGGGCGGUUGUCCCUAACGUCGCCGCUCGGCAUCCUUAGAAUAGGCCGCCCCUGACGCCGCGCGGGGACCCAACUCUCCCGCGCCCCCCAUGCACUCACUCAUUCGUGCCCGGCUGGGCGGACGCCUCGCGGACGCGGAGCCGCGCUGGUGACGGCAGAGGCGGCUGCGCGCCCAGCCCAGCCCGCGGAGAGGGCGCGCCGCGCCCCCGCCCCCAGCCCGCUCUCCGGAGGCCGUGGGUGCGGAUGCGCCGCUGACGACUCGCAGCGACUAGCAGUGCCGCCGGCCCGCCGGCCGGAGCCCGCAGCAUGGCAGCCGCCGCCUAUGUGGACCACUUCGCCGCCGAGUGCCUCGUUUCCAUGUCGAGCCGCGCGGUCGUGCACGGGCCGCGGGAGGGGCCGGAGCCCGGACCCGAGGGCGCGGCCGCCGCUGUCGCCGCCACGCUGCCCCUCGUCGAGGAGCGCCGCGACGGCAAGGACAGUGCCUCGCUCUUUGUGGUGGCACGGAUCCUGGCGGACCUCAACCAGCAAGCGCCGGCGCCUGCCCCUGCGGAGCGCAGAGAGGGCGCCGCGGCCCGGAAGGCGAGGACCCCCUGCCGCCUGCCGCCUGCGCCGCCACCCGCCCCCGAGCCCGCCUCCCCCGGCGGCGAAGGCGCGGCGGCCGCGCCCCUCAGCCCGGCGUGGAGCGAGCCGGAGCCCGAGGGGGGUUUGGAGCCCGAGAGGGAGCCGGGGCCCGCGGGGAGCAGCGAGCCCGGCCUCAGACAAAGGGGCCGCCGGGGCCGAAGUCGCGCUGACCUCGAGUCCCCGCAGAGAAAGCACAAGUGCCACUACGCGGGCUGCGAGAAAGUUUACGGGAAAUCCUCGCACCUUAAGGCGCACCUGAGAACUCACACAGGUGAGAGGCCAUUUGCCUGCAGCUGGCAGGACUGCAACAAGAAGUUCGCGCGCUCUGACGAGCUGGCGCGGCACUACCGCACGCACACGGGCGAGAAGAAGUUCAGCUGCCCCAUCUGCGAGAAGCGCUUCAUGCGCAGCGACCACCUGACGAAGCACGCGCGCCGCCACGCCAACUUCCACCCGGGCAUGCUGCAGCGGCGCGGCGGGGGCUCGCGAACCGGCUCGCUCAGCGACUACAGCCGCUCUGACGCCAGCAGCCCCACCAUCAGCCCGGCCAGCUCGCCCUGAGCGCCCGCCAGCGUCUCCGCAGUAGCACAGUCCCCGCCCGCCUCCCCGCAGCCGGCCCCUGUCCCGUCCCGGGCCGGCCGGACCCUCCCUACGACAGCCAUGAGCAGAUGCUCUCACUCCCUCUGUGACCCCGUGUCUUGUCCUUUUGUAAUAAGAAAGAAGAGAGAACUUUAUGAAGUCAACAAAAAACAAUUUUCUUCACCUCAGGUGUUAAUUUGUAAAAAAACAACAAAAAAAUUUCAAAAAACACCAUCCACAGAUUGCACAAUAGACAUGCCCACGAAGGUGAGAUUCCGCGGAGUUGAACCCCCUUUCUCAGGGAUGGACAUGUUCCACGAGGUCAGUGAGGACCCCCUUCCUGCCGCCUUACUCUGUACAUAGAUUUGCACUCUGGAGGUUUCUGUUAGGUUUGAGAACACACUGGAACACAGCGGGCGGAGCAGUGCCAGCGCAGCCCAGCGCCGGGCCUGUGGGUCAGCCCCUCGUCAGUUGGGAGCCGACAUGUCACUGACAUUUGUGCUUCCAGGGCAGGUUCCUAAGCAGGGGCCCCGAGGCGCCCUUGUCCUGUCCGCCCGCCCAGCCUGCAGCCCCUGCCUCGCGGCCCGGCUGGGCCGAGGACGCCGGCGUUCAGUGGGCUGCCUUAAGCCAUGCCGGGCAAAGGGGCGCUCUACCCGGGGAGACAGCAGAAGGGCCUGUCUCCCUGCCUCCAGGAGCCUUUCCUGGGCUUCCUGGAGCCCCGGGAGCAGAGGGGCAGGCCCUGGUUGGGAGAGCACUGUGCAGCCACAUCCCAUGUGACAGGGCCCUGGCCACACCUGCCUGGUCCUCGACCUGCCUGAGGUCCGUGCCCCGCACAGGGACACCGCUAUCUUGUGUCCCUGCAGAAGGCACAUGGGACCUGUCACUAUUACAUCAUGCUCUCUGACUGGAAAAUAGAGCCUGGGAAAUCGGGUCUUCUGCAAAGAUGUCCACAGGUGUUGCUGGUGCAUCCAGUCCCCGAGUUCUCCUAGCCGGCCCUGCCCUCGAGACCCCUCUGUUUGAAGCAGUGAGGGGAAUUGGGGGCCGCCUUGCCAGAGGCUCUGUGUGUGGGGCUGUGCUAUGGCUACACUCAGUGCUUCGCAGAGACUGUUCUGUAGCGAGAGAGUGGAGCAUUGUGACUUGGAACUUUCUGGAGUGGCGAAGCGCACGGUAUGGGAAACACUUUCGGAGAAUGUGCAUUCUGCAUCCUCCCCAGGGAACACGAGGCGGCGAGUUGUGGGAAACGCUGUUCUCAGACCCACCGUGUGCCCAGCUCAGAAUUAGCGAACCUCCAGCUUCUCUCGAGCUUUGCGCCCCCAACCCCUCCCUCUCCCUCCUGUUUCUCCCCUCCUGCUCUGGAGGCCCCAGCCCACACCCUGCCUGCACCGUGUUAGGGCUGCAGUGCCCCACCACCAGCCCACUCCUGCUAGGAGAGAAGGAGGAGAGAGCUGGGCAGCUUCUCCCAGAGCAGUUUCUCCUGGAGCCCCAGCCUGGGCUGGGUUGGGGUUCAAGCCCUGGCGGGUUGGUCAGACCGGGCUGCAGCGCGUUCCUCUGCAGACAGCUGGAGCAUCCAUCCCAGUGCCGCUGCCCAGGCACUGCCCUUCCCUUCCUCCCAAGAGUUAGGGCCUGUAAAUACAGCCCCCAGGACAGUGUGUGUGUGUAUGUGUGUGUGUGUGUAUGUGUGUGUUGGGGCGGGGGUGUGAGUUUGGGGCGAAUGUGGGGUAUCUUUCAGAGACCUCUGCUCAUUUUGAUGAGGAGGAACGACCCUUGGGACCUCAGAGGGCUAUAGAUGAGCUUCCUGGGCCCAGAGUGCCUUGGUUGUGGCCAUCCUGCUUCCACUCCCACCUUCCCACAGCGUGGGAUGCAGCACAGAGAAACCCCAGAGACCCAAGUGUGGCUGGUGCCCCCAGCCCCUGGCUGCUGCUUUGGGCCAACUCCAGAGUGGACAGGUACCCUCUGUCCAUAGCUACCACGAAGGUGGCAGUCUGCCAUCUGCAACACUCUGGGUGCCCACUUCUAACUCUACUGUGUGACAGCUGGAAUUGGCCAGUGGUGUGCUGGUGGCCUCUGAGUAGCAUGCUAGGUACCAAGUUGGGCAGUAGCAUUGUUGUUGCUGUGGGUGGGAGAUGGGCGGGAACAAUGGGGUGGGACCAGUGGGGGGGUGGCCCCUCCCUGGUCAGGUGCAGAGCUGGCUGCUGUGGCCGCCACGCUCCAUUUGGGCUGCCUGACAGCCCUGCUUGCAUUUGGUCUGGGAGAGAGAACGGAGUAUGCUGUGGAGACCUGGACAGAAGAGCGCCCUGAGUGCUUGGGGUGGAAGAACUUCAUGCCCAGUUCCAAAGUAAGGCCCAGAAGGGCCCUCAGAGGCCCCUCCCAAAGUCGUUUCUGUGUGAGGCAGAGAAAGCCACACUCUGAAUACAUUUCAUGUCUCAGGAACUCACAUUCCAGGUUCAGGAAUUUUAUUCCAAAGUCCUUUGGUGCGCUCACUGUCCACGGGUCCCCGAAGGCAGGGAGAGGGAGCUGCGUGUCUCUCGGAGGCCGCGCAGUGCUGUUCCUGGAGGAGCCAGGGUCUCCUUGUGAUGUGCCCAUGGCAUCUUGGAAGGAGGGUUUCUAACCCCACAUCUAUCUGCACAUAGGAAGGGGAAAAGGACUCUAAACCCAGUGGUCUUGGAAUAAAAGAAGAGCCGGUUUGUUUUAGAGGCGGGGUGGGGGGUGGGGGAGGGAAAACGGGCGUUUGCUGUUUCCAAAGAGAGCACUUAAUUUAAUUUUUCUUCUCAAUGACCCAGGGCUGUUCCGUCUGAUAGAUGGAAGGGUAACAUUGCCUUAAAACAGAAAUAUGCAGGCAUUGGCUAUUUUUGGCAAAUGAGCGUGUCUUCAUUCCCAAAGUGGUUCUUGUCUAAUGGUAGGGUGCGGCCCUUCCGCCUGAGCCCUGGCCUGGGAGGUGGGACACUGUUCUUCUGACUUAGGGCACCUGGAGGGAAUUCCUGCCUGGACUUCUGGGCACUCGGCCUGGGGCUCAGGCAGCAGACCAUCAGGACCCACCUGGGGCUAAAAUUCAUCUCACUUGAAGGGCGGGAAAAAUCUUUGACUCUCAGGCUAGGUUCAAAUGGGUUCUCACUAGCACCUCAUCAUCACGAAAUGUGGGGUGCACGUGGAAGAGGGUGGUGGGCCUUGUAAAGAUGCCCUCGCUCAAGCCCCACUGAAAGCAGUUACAUGGGAGCCCCCUCCUGAAACAGCCUGCAUUUUCUUCUAAGAUGUAGAAUGUCUUCCCGGCCUGGGUCUGUUUCAGGGUCUUUCAUUUUUCUGGGUUGUGGCCAUGCUUGCUGGCUUCAGUGUGUUGAGGAACCCAUAGGACUCCUAGAAAUCAUAGUGAAAACUCAAACCUUUAUCUGUGGCAGACAUCAGUUCUCGCGGGCCAAGGGGCAGAGAUCUCACAGCAAAGGUUGCCUGAGUAAAGGGAGAGUUCCCCUCCAACAAGGCCUAAAACUAACCCUGGACUCAACCAUCAGGGGGCUGGUGUUCAGCUCACAUCCCAAACAAGAAAUCCCCUCUUUGUAUUCAGUUAUAUUAGGGGAAGAGUUGUCAGCUCCCCAUAUGCCUACCGAAUCUUACAGCCAUCCAGAAAGACAAAUGGACACAGUCCCUUCCACAGAGGGCCCUGGGGUCCUCUCCUGUCAGGUGCUACGUAGGAACAGGCAGUGAUGCCCUUGAUGGGAACAUGGUCCUGGAGGUACCCUACCUGCAUCCCGCACCCCCACCCCCAGCACUCGAGGUUCAGGACACACACCUCCUUUAUUCUGAGGCCAUGCAUCCGGGCAGGUGCAGGAUUCGCCACGGUGCAGCCUCCAGGUGCAAACAUCAGCGGCACUGAGGUCCCCAGACCUCACUGUGCCCUAGAUCACAGCUCAGACCAGUGAAGGGUGAUUCAGGGGUGGGGCAAACAGGCCACAGGCGGCCCCCAGCCCUUUUGUUGGGACAUGCAGAGAGGGCUGGUGGCUUUCUGUGGUUUCAAGUGAAGUGUGGCAGAACUGGGGUCUCCAUUCAGGUCUUCUGCCACCCAGCCCAGAGUCUCCAGAAGACGCAGCCACCUUUCUUGCCAGAAGCAGGUGCUAAGGUGGACUGCAUGCUGUCAUGGCACUCCCCAGGGACUUCAUCCUUGAUCUCAGCGAGCAGGAGUGCUGCCUAACAGGAAAACAUGAUCUGAGCAAUAGCAUCCCCUCAUUCUCAACUCCUGGUUCUGGCUGUGUUUACAAGGCUACAUGAUUAUUUUGACUUCUGACAGGUAUUACUGAUUUUUUUUCUUUUUUAGCGCAUUUUUAAAGGAUCAUUCAGUCAAAGGCACAGUGCUAGAAGGUAAGGGUCUGAUGUACUGGUCAUCGCAAGCAGUAAGAAAUGCUCUUAGGUCACCCACAUGUUUUGCCAUCCAAAGAUUCCAUAUACAAUUAUGGUGACCAUAUUUUUCAAAGCUAAAAUCAAGGAUGUGGGCUGAUGCUUUUUGAAUUCAAAAACACCUUAGAAGGAGCCAGGUCCUAUGACUGAUUUUCCUGAUUCUGAGGCUAGGUUUCAAAAGUUUGUCCUAGACACAUUCCAGAGAAUUUUGUACCAGAAUUUGAAUGCCCAAUCCAGCUUACUACUCAUAAAUGACUGAACAUCAUUUAGGGAGAGGCCCUUUCCCUACCCGCUGUUCCAUCCCUCAUUGGUUAGGAGAGUUGGAUUUGGUGGGUGAUGUGAGCCCCCGGUCCACGAGGGUGGAGGGGCACACUUGGUUUCUACUGACCACUCUUGAGAUGUCAGACCUGUAGUGCAGCCACCUGGCCCUGCCCAGCCUCUCCCCUUCUCGUGCAGCUUUAAAACCUUACUACUAUUAUUUAAAAAUGAACAGGAUGGGAGAGAAAUAGCAUCCCCUGCCCCGCACAUCAUACGUUCCCUGUGGGGGACACAGGAAGCAUGGGGUGGACCACACGAUCGGCUUUCUCCCAGGGCUCAGGGAUGUGAUCCUAGUGACCUGUAGACAGAUUGCUGCACACGCUCAUUUGGAAAGCAAGUAUGUGAGCUGAGUGCCUGCAAGGUGAUCACAGGUCUGGUUGAAGGCUGUCCCUCUCACUCAGAGCACGGGUGGCUCCCUCCCCAGCCUGCCCUCCAUGUGGAGCGAGGGGGCCACCUCCCAGUGUGUCUCAGACACCGCUGGCGGGGGCAUCCAUUUCUGGGUCAGGGUGCCUGUGUGGGUGGGAGAUGUCACUCCAUUGGCCUUACCCUGAAGGGUCCCCGUGUGCUGAGGACCCCAAGGACUUGAAGGCCAUGGCUGGAGGCUCUCCUGAGCAGCUAUGCAUUGUCAGGUGUGGGGCUUGUUGUGGCUCCCACGUGACCAGGAAUUGCUUGUGUGGUUGUGUUAGGUGCAUGCACUGGGGCCUCAGUCACCCCCAGACCCUUGCAAAUGACCCCUCCCCAUCCAAAGCCAUUGAUGGAGCUUCUCUGGAAUCGUUUGCCAAAAUCCCAAGGCAGAAUCCGAGGGUCCAAGACCAUUUCCAUAGAGCACACACUUUUCCUUUUCCAUAGGAACCUUUUUUUUUUUUAACCAGCACCACACCAUGCUUCCGAAAGCUGCAUUUCAUCUUUCCUGGAUCACUACAGUGAAGUAUUACAGUUGUACAGUUCCCAACCUGGCCUUGGCUUGCUCGGAUAAAACUUUGUAUGUAUUUUGUAUGGCAUAGAUUCUAUAUUGUAAUGAUGUCCUAUGCAAAAAGAAAAAAAUUAACUAAAUUGUAAAUUUUAUUGUUUUAACGUGUAUGCAUGUUUAGUGACGUUUACAUUUUGAAAUAAAAUUUAUGAUUCAUUA